UUUUGGGGGGUAUGGGGGUCCACAGGCAGUAACAGUUGCUCAAAAGACAAUGGAGGAUGCAGCCAUAUCUGUUUACCAAACCCAGAAGGGCAGACUUGUAAAUGUUCCAGUGGGUACUACUUGGCUGACAUAAACAAAUGUGUUGAAGCUGUCCGAUGCUCUCCACGGGCACAAUCCUGUAAGGAUGGUCAGAAAUGCAUUUUCAUGGAGCAAGUUUGUGAUGGUCAUUUGGACUGUCUGGAUGGAUCUGAUGAGAUGGACUGUACCUAUCCAGAUAAAACUCAUUCGAAACCAACACCGAAAAUGUCAGAGGCUGGAAAAAGACUUUCACCAAAUGCUGCCCAACCUCUCCAGGGUACCAGGUCUAACAAGGCUAGAUCUCCAAGUCCAGAAGGGAAGAAUUAUCCUGUUGGACAAACAGUAAUGCCUCUGACUCCUGCUCUAAAGAGCAAGAUUCCAGAAACGAAGGAAGGCGUUCAGCCCAAGGACUCACGGAAGGCAAAAUAUAUACUCUGUAGCAGCGAUUUCUGUAAUGGGAGGGGAAUCUGUACAAUGGAAGGAGAUCUGAAAAAAUGCAGCUGUCUGAUGAAGUAUGGUGGAGAGUUCUGUGAAGAAGCGGCACAUGGACCUGCCCCUGGCUAUAUGGCCCUUAGCUUAACCGUAACCCUACUGGUGGUUCUGGCAGUUCUUGGAGCUUUUGUAUAUUUCAGAAGAGAACACAAAUUAAAACGAAACAGUGCAGCAUCAUUAAGAAAUCCAACCUGCCAUAAAGAAAAUGACCAAGAAGAGGAGAAUCUAAUGAACAGUGAGAUUUUUGUCAAUGAAGCAUAUGAUGAACAGGUAUGCCUGGGAAAUGUCUUUUCGGAAAACAGAUGGCGAGGUCCACUCACAGAAUGCCCUUUCUGAAAAACCUUAGGAGGUUAAAAGUAGGCAAUGCUGAUGAGGUUUUUGUUAUUGGCAAAUGAUGCUAUCAUGUAGAGCAAAUGAAUGCUCAGUAACUUUUUUGUUUUCAGAUUCUGUUCUUUCUUUGGUUGUUCAAACCAGAGUGAGACAUACAUGAAAUUGUAACCAAGAAAUUCAGCUUUUGGGGGAUUUCCAAAAGGGGCUCAAUGCUAUUGUAGGGUAGAGUGAGGUAUAAUAAUGGUUAGUUGGAGUUACCCCUAAAAUUUAUG